AUGAAGUCUCACCCUCAUCCAGAAAGACCAGAUCGUCUUCAAGCAAUUGCUGCUAGCCUUGCAACGGCAGGUAUAUUUCCUGGGAGAUGCUGUCCAAUCUCAGCAAGAGAAAUCACUCGAGAAGAACUUCAGAUGGAUGUCUGUGGUAAUAAAUUUGAGUUGAUCUGUGUGAGAAGUAUGCAUGCUGGCAUUGUGAAUGAUGGUUGGCCAUUGUUUGCUAUUUUGGCUAGCAAAGGUUGUAAUGGAGAUGCAGUCCACUCUUCGGAGAAUAUUGAAGAUGUAGAACUUACAAGCCGCAUUUUUGCUAGUUAUUUUACUCCUGAUACAUACGCAAAUGAACAUUCAGCAUGUGCUGCGAGGCUUGCGGCAGGUUUAUGUGCUGAUCUUGCUUCAGCAAUUUGCACUGGACAUGCCAAAAAUGGUUUUGCUCUGGUUCGGCCUCCCGGUCAUCAUGCUGGUGUAAAACAGGCCAUGGGGUUCUGCCUCCACAACAAUGCAGCCGUUGCUGCAUCAGCAGCUUUAGUAGCGGGAGCUAAGAAAGUGUUAAUUGUUGAUUGGGAUGUACAUCAUGGAAAUGGCACACAAGAAAUUUUUGAGCAGAGCAAACCGGUCUUGUAUAUAUCCUUGCACAGACAUGAGGGUGGAAAGUUUUAUCCUGGUACUGGAGCUGCUGAUGAGUUUUAUGGAGAAAUACUGUACGAAUGGGGUGUCCGCAGUAAUGCUUUUAGGUUUUUGAAUGGACUGAUUUCAAGAUGUUCUUGA